CCCCCAAUCACACGCCCCUCUUCUUUAAAUAGUGUGCAUUGCCCGUCGUUCACUCAGUUGACAUGAACCAGUGGGAGGUGACGGAGUGAUGCGCAAAGACGCGCUCGUGCCAGUGUAACAACUGUGACUUCCUACAUCUCCGGCACCGUCCAGACACCAAAAUGAAAUGAAUUCAACAUCUGCCGGGGACUCAUGCUCCUAUUUUUCCUCUCCCGCGGAGAUGCCCGCAUGUUACAGGGACCUAUGCGGAGGAGCAAGUAACUUUGCCAAUAUGCCCUACUGGACAUUGACAUUACACACAGGAGAGUCCUAUGGAAUAUAGUCCGCACACUCACUCCACUCAGCCGGUGAAAAACAAACUUUUCGUCUUCUGCAUCAUGUUGUCACUGUGGGUGUACAUGCUGUACUGCUGUGUGGGCUACUGCUCCACCACACCGACCUUCAUGAUGGAAGAAAGGAGCAGCAGGAAUCCACCCAGACCCCUCCAGAAACAAGACCUGGAGAUGUUCCUCAAAAGCCAGUCCAGGGACUUACUAAACAACGAGAGUGAUGCUGACAGCAAAGGAGACGGCUGGGAGGAAAAUAAGGGCGAUGUUGUUUAUGACGAGGACUCGGGAGUAGCAGGUGCCCUGAACGAUACCAAAAAGUUGCCCCAAGCGAUUAUAAUAGGGGUGAAGAAGGGCGGGACGCGCGCGCUGCUCGAGUUUCUGCGCCUCCAUCCUGACAUCCGCGCGGUGGGAGCGGAGCCGCACUUUUUUGAUCGCAACUACGAGAAAGGACUCGAGUGGUACAGGUACGCUUUUUUAACGCGCUGUUAUUCAUACGUACGUUUUACAUCGUUAGAGAGCGUCAGGAUAAAAGCGGAUUAAGAGCAGGAAAUUAUGUGGCUCAUAUUCAUCCCAGUAGCCUAGUGACAUAUAAACCUCUCAGUAUUGUCAUAUUGUGAACUAUGGGGGGCUUGAGGGGCUCUGACUCCACUGCUGAAGGUUUUCAAAGAAAGAAAAACAAACAAAAGGUCGACG